GCGGGUGUGUUUUCUUUCGGGCCCCGGAAUUGCAUCUGGGAACCGUGGAUGGGACCUGGGGAAACGGGGAAACCGAAAACUAUAAGUAUAGUCGUUUCUCAGCUUCUUUUCUCAGCUUAUGUUCUGGCAGAGUCAUUGAUUGGAGCUAGCCUUGCUUAUAUUUUCAUUGCCAACUCUUGGCUUUCUUCCUCCUUACCUUUCACUUCCUCUUCCUUUUUACCUCCCCUUCACCUUAUUGUCCUUCUGGCGUGAGGAUGGAUGAAAAGCAAUUAGAAGCCAAGGAUAUCGACAAGGAAUCCCUGGACGGUUUCGCCCAUCAUGCCGAGAACACAGUGGCUGACCAGGAACCAUACGGGCCACCAGGUCUGCGCGGCCUGGUAGCCAACCCAUUCGUGUUCCUCUGCGCAGCAUGUUCCACGCUAGGAGGUCUCGUGUUCGGUUACGACCAGGGUGUGGUGUCCGUUAUUCUGGUGAUGGAUCAAUUUCAGGAACAGUUCCCGCAGGUGGCCCCUGGGGCUCCUGGAGGUGGAUUCUGGAAAGGUUUGAUGACAGCAAUGAUUGAGUUGGGUGCUUUGGUCGGUGCGCUGAAUCAGGGUUGGAUCGCGGACAAGAUUUCUCGACGGUAUUCGAUUGUGGUUGCUGUUGUUGUGUUUACCAUUGGGUCGGUUCUGCAGACUGCUGCGAUGAAUUAUGCCAUGUUGACUGUUGCGCGAACGAUUGGUGGUAUCGGUAUUGGCAUGCUUUCCAUGGUUGCUCCGCUUUACAUUUCUGAAAUCAGUCCUCCCGAAUGCCGUGGUACGCUGCUGGUGAUGGAAGAAUUUUGCAUCGUGUUGGGAAUCGUCAUCGCAUACUGGAUCACAUACGGCACACGAUUUAUGGCAGGCGAAUGGUCCUGGAGACUCCCUUUCCUGCUGCAGAUGGUCCCCGGAUUCAUCCUGGUCGCGGGUGUGGCCCUCUUGCCGUUCUCGCCCAGAUGGCUCGCUUCCAAGGAACGAAACGACGAAACAUUGCAGAGCCUUGCGAAGCUGCGACGACUACCACCGUCGGACAAGCGGGUGCGACAGGAAUUCUUGGAUAUCCAGGCGGAGGUUCGUUUCCACAAGGAAAUGAGCGCAGAGAAACAUCCCGGCCUUCAGGGUGGUGGGCUCAGAAAAGAAUUCUUCUUGGAAAUGGCGUCUUGGGCGGAUUGCUUUGGCAAGGGGUGCUGGCGCAGAACGCAUAUUGGUGUUGGAAUCAUGUUCUUUCAGCAGUUCAUCGGUGUCAACGCUUUAAUCUACUACUCACCAACCUUAUUCGAAACCAUGGGCCUAGACACAGACAUGCAGCUCCUAAUGUCCGGUAUCCUCAACGUCACGCAACUCGUGGGUGUAACCACCUCAAUCUGGAGCAUGGAUACACUGGGUCGUCGAUGGCUACUCCUAAGCGGCGCCGCGGUCAUGACAGUGUGCCAUAUUAUCAUCGCAGUCCUGGUUGGAAUGUACUCUGACAACUGGCCCGCCCACACAGCCGAGGGCUGGGCCAGUGUGGCUUUGCUGCUUUUGUACAUGCUCGCGUUUGGGGCUUCUUGGGGACCAGUACCAUGGGCGAUGCCAUCUGAGAUCUUCCCGUCGUCGCUCCGUGCCAAGGGUGUAUCCCUUUCGACAGUGUCGAACUGGCUCAACAAUUUUAUCAUCGGCCUCAUUACACCCCCAUUAGUCCAAAACACCGGCUUCGGCGCAUAUACCUUCUUUGCCGUAUUCUGCCUCCUCGCCUUUGCCUGGACAUUCUUCUUCGUCCCCGAGACCAAGGGUCGCUCGCUGGAACAAAUGGACCACGUCUUCAAGGACAACUCGAGCGCCGCAGAACAAGACCGCCGCCGGGCCAUCGAAACCGAAUUGCUCCGAGCGGAGGCCCAUUAUCUGGAGCCGUAGGGCAAUGGCAAUCUCGCGAAAAUCAAUCGAGGUCCAUGCGAUCGCUGGAAAACAUGGAACCUUGUCUAAGAACUAGUAUCUCGGGGAAGAAUCCGGUGCGGAGUGCUCCGUAUCCACUGUACCGGUGGAAUCUCGCGCACCGGCCCUGCAUUUUUACCAUUCUCUUGUGUAUAUAAUACCAUGACUUUUUAUGAUUAUUGUGCCAUGAACAAAAAUGGUUAUAACGAACCGAUUACGAAAAGAAAAGAAAAAAAAAAAAAAAAA